UUCUCCGUCUGGCACCUGAAAAUGCUGGAGCAAGUCCAGUCCGUCCUGCGCCACAUCCAGGAUUUCAAGCCCAGUUCUUUGUUGCCCCAUCAGGAAGAGGGCCCCUCGCAUCAAGAGGACGGAGGACUUCUUGCACGGCUGUCCCAUGGGGACGUCGGGGGCAUCUUCCGCCAAGCGGGCAGCCGGGUUCGAAUGAGGGUCCGGAAUCGCAAGGAUGCAGGAGACCGGCCAAUACUCCGUGGAGCUGGCGCGAGGACCGAAAGGCUUCGGCUUCAGCCUAAGAGGCGGCAGUGAAUACAACAUGGACAUCUACGUCUUGGCCCUCAUGGACGGUGGACCAGCCCAGCAGUGUGGCAAGAUCCAGGUGAGCGACCAGCUGGUAGAGAUCAACGGGGAGCCGACGGCGGGCAUGACGCAUGCGCAAGCGGUGGAGCAUAUCCGGAACGGGAGUAGCCGGAUACGCCUGGUGCUGAAGAAGGGCAACGGUUUCAUUCCCGAUUAUGUCUCCAUCUGUCUCCGCCCCACAGGGCAGCCGCUGGCCAGCCUGGUUCUCUGCGUGACCAACUCCCCCCGGGGGGAGCCCUGCUUCUGCCUCGUGGGACGGGUCGAGAAUAAAUGACCACGAGUACACCCAGAGUCCUACUAAGCUGCGGCAGGAGCCAGAGGCAGAGGACAAAGCCAGGCAGCG